AUGCACCAGCAACCUCCAUUAAAAGCUAAGUUGAAUACAGCUAGCCAUCCCCUGCAAUCAAUACUAUCUCACCUAACUCUUGCUUUCUCUCUCUAAAAGUUUUAUAAACACAGCUUCUUUCAUUUUUUCUCUCACACACACUAAAACACACACACAAUGGCUGCUGCAUCUUGCUGUGGAAUGUCUGCAGUCACUUAUGGUAGCCCAGUUGCUACAAGGAAGGCUGCUUUGAGCCAGGGUUUUGGUCCUUCUAACCUUGCUUUGUUGCCCAUGAAGAGGAACAUGAAAUUUAGUGUUAGAAGUAUGGCUGAGGGAGAUGAGAUCAAGGAGGUUCCGGCGGCGGCGCCGGCGACGGCAGCCACUCCCAAGCUAACCCCACCACCACCACCACCACCAGCAAAGCCCAAGGUGGGCACGGACUUCUUCGACAUAUUUGCAUUCAGCGGCCCGGCGCCGGAAAAAAUCAACGGGCGCUUGGCGAUGGUUGGAUUCGUGGCGGCAUUGGGUGCGGAAUUAGCGAGCGGCCAGGAUUUAUUCGCGCAGGUUUCGGAGGGUGGAUUCCCGUGGUUUCUCGGUACAAGCAUUUUGCUGACGUUUGCAUCCGUGAUUCCGUUGUUUAAAGGCGUGACCGCGGAAUCGAAAUCGGAGGGGUUUUUCACGUCGGACGUCGAAACAUGGAACGGGAGGUUCGCUAUGUUGGGUUUGGUUGCAUUGGCACUCACUGAGUUUGUUAAAGGUGGAGCUCUUGUGUAAUUUAUUAUUCUAGGGUUUCUUCGAUUUAUUGGGACUUAGGUAUUAUGGUUCUUGAUAUUUUUGUAUUUAGUUGGUGGGAUUAUGAUCUUUUGAUUGUAAUUUUGUGACUGUUAUUGAAUUAUACAAAUAUAUAUAUAUGUGCAAAUUAGAAUGCAUGAAAAAUCUGGAUUGUUGAA